AUGGAGGUUCAUCAAGGGAUCAGGAAUGCAAGGCUUCAAGGGGACUACAGUGAUUAUGCACUGACCGAACCUUGUUCAUUGAGGUCUACUGAUUUUCCUUCGGGUAUGGUUGCUGAUGAUUUUCUUUCUAGUCUUUAUCAAGUCUUUUCAGGUCUAAAGACGUACAGGGAGAGCUUUGGUCACAUGGACCAACAAGAGGAGAAAGCAGGCAAAACGGAGCCCAAAGGAGCUCGAUCGUGUCACCUCAAAGUCGAUCGACUCAGUCUCAGAGAUCGAUCGACUCAUCUUCACACCACAAGCUCGAUCGAUCCCAUGCAAGCGAACCAGCUCGAUCGAUCUCGUUCGGUCUCAGCCGUUCGAUCGAUCCCGUUCGGUCUCAGCCGUUCGAUCCGUCCCGCUCAGAUGAUAUCGCAGCCGUUCGAUCUACUUAGUGCAAACCGACUCGAUCGAACCGUAGCGAACCGGAUUGAACCGAGCUCGACUCCUGAACCUAUUUAG